AUGACAGGCAAAAGAAUACACCCGACUCACACCCGCAAAGAGAGGAAGCAUAGGUCCGCAAAGGAGUCCCUUACUGAGUCUCAACUUAACACCGCCAUCAUGGAUAUGGUACACGUAAAUCAAAACUGGAGCAGGUGUCAGCUUUUAUGCCACGGGAAUCCAGUCACGGACGCCGGGAAGCGACUCCACAUGGUAAAGAUGUUGACAGUGGUACUGAUUCCUGUGGUUGUGUUAACUGGUAUGACAGCCAAUACCUUUAUUGUCUCCCUUGACAACUACAUCAGCUUGUUAAACAUUCGGAAUAUCCUCUAUUUUAGUAUAGAGUUAGGGUGGCUGUUACGUAUGAUGCAACGAGAACGUGAUAUAAGCGCCCUCUACAUCAGUAGUAAGAGUCCCCAGACAAAGGAUUUUCUAUUAGAUCGAUACCCAGAUACAGAUGUUGGACUACAGAACUUGUCGUUUUGGCCUACCAGCGCGACGAUUAUCAGGACAGAGUUUCAAACAAAGGAAAGUUUUCUAUCUUACCUUAACCGACAUCGAUAUCAAUUGGAAUCUUACAACAGAACAUCUAAGGACGAAGUGGCGUUCUACUCGGACAGCAUCGAGGUCUUCAUCAAAUGGUUGUACCAAGCGAUAGUGGAAGCUCGGUCGGGAACAGUAUGGCCCAAACUGGUGGCGUAUCAAGAGAUCGUUGUUGCCAGUGAGUACUUUGGCAGAGAACGAGGACUAGGGGUAUCAUUUUAUGCUAUAGGCGGAUUUGCGACUCGAGAUGAAUAUCUUGACUUUGUUGAAAGCCAAGACAUUGCAAACAUUACGUUUGAAUCUGCUAGGCGAUAUUCUGAACUGGCUUACAGCAUUUAUGAGGAUACACUUGUUAGGAAUUCAAGUGUAAUCCAACCUAUCAAUGAAAUGCGAAGAGAGAUUAGAAGCAAUCGAAGUUCAGCAGUGAAAGGGUCCUUGAAAUAUGCAAACUGGUGGUUUGAAAACAUGACUGUUUACCAGGACACGCUUCGGGAGGUACAAAUCCGUCUCGCUUUAGAAAUUGACGAGAUCCUACGGAAGGAAGCAGAGGAUGAUUUGAAAAAUAUAGUUGUUAUUUCUGUUGUGUUUGGUAUUAUCCUAAUUAUCUGCCCACUCAUUGUGUUUGCUGUGUACUCGCUGACAUCAGAGAUCCAGAAGUACUCUAUUUCAAUUGCGAACCGAACGAAGGCGCUGGACAAGGAGAAGAAGCGAACGGACACCCUGCUGUACCAGAUGUUACCGCAAUCCGUGGCCGAGCGACUCAAACAAAACGCCGGAAUCGGACCCGAACAUUACCCGGAAUCAACAGUCUUGUUCAGUGAUAUCGUAGGCUUCACACAGAUUGCUGCCCAGUGCUCCCCCUUGCAGGUGGUCGACAUGUUGAAUAGUCUCUACCUUUGUUUUGACGAACGACUGGAACUCUUCGACGUGUAUAAAGUGGAAACCAUUGGAGACGCAUACAUGGUGGUAUCCGGUGUGCCAAAACUGAAUGGGCGCCGACAUGCAGCAGAGGUGGCUACGAUGGCCGUGGACAUCCUGGAGCACAUUGACCGGCUAGAAAUACCACACCUGCCCGGACAGAAGUUCAAACUCAGAAUUGGUUGUCACUCAGGUCCAGUAGUAGCUGCAGUUGUGGGUACUAAGAUGCCUCGCUACUGUCUCUUUGGUGUGACCGUCAGUGUUGCCUCUAUGAUGGAGUCGUUUGGCACAGCUAACAAAAUACAUAUAAGCGAGACAACUCGUGACCUCCUGUAUGAGCUUGGCGGCUUCGUUGUUGAACAGAGAACAGACAGUCCGUCACAGCUGAAAGCUGAGUUGAAGAAUACUUUUCGAGAUGUGGUUGUAGUUAGGACUUACUGGCUACAACACCGCGAGGGAGACCAGGCUCUAGCUUCUGGCAGCACAUAUUCUUCUAUUGAUUCCCAAUGA